AUGGCGAAAUCAAAAUCCGGGAACCUUAAUAAUUUUGUGGACGGGAGAGAUGAUGAGCAGAUCCGUGAGCUCCGGUGUAGAAAGGACGACGUGACGGCAAGCAAGUCCAAGCAUCCUUGUGGGAGGAUGACAGAACGGCCGGUAAAUCCAAGCUCCGGUGUGAAGAUGAUGCGGCAACGAACAGGUGCAGCCUCUUUUGUGAAUAUGUAG